CAUUAUUUAUUAUCAUGAACUCUUUAUCAACACCAUAUUGUAUAAUUAUUAUACUAUUUUCCAAAUCUGGGGCACAUGCGCAGUGAUAGGGAAAAUACGUAAUUUUACUGACAUGCCUGUUUAUUUAGAAUAGCCAUGGUGUUAGUUCAGUAUACACUAUAGUACUAGAUACUAUACGAUACAGUAUAUCCACUAUAUCCAGUUCGUUUCGAUUCUUCGUCUCGAGUAAUUGUUUUUUAUAAUUAUUUUUCGUCUGAUACGGGCAUCUGACUACAGAACGUGUGAUGGCAGACACUACUAGCGAAUUGGACGAAACGCCGAGCAUUGAGUGCUUUCAGAACUAUACCGCGCCCGAGGUGUUCAUACAAGGCUUAGCUGGCAUCGUAAAUCAAGAAGACGUCGAGUCCAUGAUCAUUGCCCAAAAAGAAAUGUUACAGCGUUUCGAAAAGACUAACGAAAUGCUCACCAACUGCAAUGCUUUGUCCACGAGUCAUCUAAAAACCACAACCCAGGAACUGAAAAAGCACACUCAAAUGUUGACAGAGUUACGCAAAGACUUGGAUAGUACAUUUAAGAGGAUAACUGCGAUCAGAUCCAAGAUUAAAGUCCAAUAUUCAGACUUCCAGAAAAGUAUUUUAGAAGAAAAACCAAAAGAGCUAGAACAAAAGCCUGUUGAUAGUUCAUCUAGUGGUAGCGCAAGUACUGCUUCACCAUAUAACUCUGAUACAAAUUAAAAUAUAUUUUUAUUGAAUCAAAAUUUUUAAUUAUGAUCUCAGUAAAUUUACCAUAACAA